UCCUCUCGAAUAGAGCUCCUCCCCAUUACAUAACAGAAGAUGGGCGAAAUCUUUGGCGAAUCGGUGAUUUUUAUACCAACCAACACGAUCAACACCUUCCACACCCGUCCACCACCAGAAUACGGACCAGCCCAUUCAGCUAUGCAGACCCUCCCCCUUCCCGGGAGAGAAAAUCUCCACAGGUGUUUGUUAGUGGACCACCCGGAAGUGAAACAGCUGCAAGGCCAGAUACCACCGGGCGAUCCUUGAGUUGGUGUCUGUUGUACAGUGGAGCCACUGGAGGGGUGUAUGAUCAGAAUACAGAUACAGACAUUCCUCAGCACGACCUGCCUUUCUGGAGGUCACGGUGUUCUGGGGUGGAGCCGUUCCUAUGAUGAUGCAUCCCGCGCUCCUGCUUUGGGCUCUGCCCCUGCUGGCCACAGUGUCGGCCCAGUACAGGAACAUGCCGGAGGGGCCCUGGGUCAACGUAUACCGGCAGGGCUUCAACUUCCAGUGCCCCCAUGGCCAGCUUCUGGUGGCAAUUCGGAGCCACUACAGCGCGGAGGAGGGAUCCGACCGCCUCUGGUCUUUCGAUUGCCAACCCACCCCCCAAGGCUUCGGUGAGGUCACCGAGUGCUGGUGGGACGACAUCAACCGAGCCGGCAUGGAAUGGACUUCCAAAUGCUCCAAUAAUGGGCUAGUGGCAGGGGUUCAGAGCUGGUACUUCCCUGGGCUUCUGGACCGUGAAUGGCAAUUUUACUGUUGCCGAUACAGCCGCCGGUGCCCAUAUUCCUGCUGGCAGACCACUGACGUUCCGCAAUAUCACAAAGAAGAGGGGGAGAUGGUCGUUCCGAGUUACGGCUACUUCAUCAGAGGGGCUCAAACCACCUUCAGCGGAGUUCUCAGAGAUCGACAGUGGAAGUACAUCUUAUGCAGAAUGACUGAUUUUGACUGUAAAUUUGAAAACUUCUAAAGGCCAGUGGAUUAGUUUUGAACUGAGGAAGAAACCCAGCUUCUUCUCCUCCGAUCCUCCAAAAUGAGUGACAUUCUAUGACGAGCUCCUCUUGCUGCUUGUGAUUUAACAGAAAGGAUGAAAAUAUGAUUUUUCAUAAAAUGAGUGAAAAGAGGAUUUCUAUCUACUUUAUUUCCUUUGUAUGUUAUUUGUUUCCUUUGAUUCAGCAAAGCAGUAUUAUGAAUGGUGAACUGCUGAACCAGUCACAGAUAUACUGCAUAUUAAUUUGUUUGAUUUUCCAACAUGAGUUGUAUUGAAAAAGCAUAUCCACACAUUAACAUCUAAUAAAAUUAUGUUACAAAGCAA